GCCUGUAUAAAUGUCUCCAUGGGUUACGGUAUUCCUCACAACAAAUCAAAGCAUCCCAACAGUCCCAGAGCUAGCUCGCAUUUCUCUACUACUCCCACUUCUAUAUACCUCUUUCCCAACUACUUCCAUUCUAUACCUCUGCAGUUUUUUCGAGGAGAGAUACUUGAAAAGAUCACAUUUCUUGGCAAAAUGGAGAGGGUAUCGAGAAUGGUGUCGGAACGACCGGUGGUGAUCUUCAGCAAGAGCUCUUGCUGCAUGUGCCACACCAUCAAGUCCCUAUUCUCUGACUUUGGUGUUAAUCCAACUGUGCACGAGCUCGAUGAAGUCCGAGGCAGUCGGGACAUCGAGCAGGCUCUUGUCCGGUUCGGUUGUAACCCAACCGUGCCUGCAGUCUUCAUCGGUGGUAAGCUGGUGGGUGGAGCUAAUGAGGUGAUGAGUCUUCACCUCAAACGGUCACUAAAACCAAUGCUUAAACAGGCGGGAGCUUUGUGGGUUUGACGAUAUGAGCUUGAUAAUCCGACGCUAAUAAUAACGCAUUUUCGAUGCAUAAUGUGAUACUAAAUGUCGGAUUAGUUAGCAUACAUAUUUACAGCAGUUUGAUAUAAUAGUGCUAUGUAAUGAGUUAUAACCUUUAUGUAAUGUAAUCUCCCUAUGUUUUGCUAAUAAAGUUCAGCUUAUAAUAUUUGGAAUAUUGUUAGUUUCUCAAGUAUCAUUGUUAUAGUAAAAUGUUAAAUACAUUACUUAUCGAGAAAAAAUAUUAAUUACGCUCGUCUCUCUAAACUAUAAAGCCUACAUGCGUCUUUUCUCUUUCACACCCCAUUAGAAUCUGCGGUCUUAUGCAUGUAUGAAACUGUAGAAUCAUAUAUCAUUCUCUUGACAUUCCUAUCGAGUGCUAGCAAU